UGCAGUUGCCAAAGGGACCCCGGAAACGCGCCGCUCGCGUCGCCAGCGCGCUGCAGAUCCAGGAAGCGGAACGAAUGAAGUUAAUUUCUCACAGCUGGUGAUGGCGGAUGCUGUCGAAAUAGAGACCAUGAAGAAUUAUAACAUAGCGUUUGAGAGGAUAGACCCGAACAUUAGCCGCUAUCCCUACUGUAUUGUAUGGACGCCAAUCCCCGUGUUAUCAUGGCUCUUUCCUUUCAUCGGACACAUGGGUAUUUGCACCUCCACUGGAGUGAUACGCGAUUUUGCAGGUCCAUACUUUGUCUCAGAGGAUAACAUGGCUUUCGGAAGACCGACAAAGUACUGGAUGUUAGACGCCAGUAAAGUGUAUGCCAGUGGAUCUAACGCAUGGGACACAGCAGUUCACAAUGCAUCAGAAGAGUACAAACAGAGAAUGCACAACCUUUGUUGUGACAACUGUCACUCGCAUGUUGCCAUGGCACUGAACCUGAUGUGCUAUGACAACAGCACCUCGUGGAAUAUGGUGAACCUCUGCCUGCUCUCGCUCGUUCAUGGCAAACACGUCAGUUGCGUAGGCUUCCUGAAGACCUGGCUUCCUUUCUGCAUCUUGACCAGUGUGAUCCUGGCUGUGACUCUGUCUCUAAACCUGCGAUGACCCAGCGGGGUCACACUCAGGCCAACGAGCUCGCCGCCCAUCAGAGACCCGUCACUCCAGCUCCGGCGGGACUCCACUGAAUGUCAACUUGAAGUCCAGCUCUUCGGAGCUCAACAUCAAACAUCAAACGCUAGACCUCUUUGUCGUAGGGUAGAGACAGCAAAUACACCAUGGCUUCAACGUCUUGUGGUGAUGUACGAAACGCUAUUCUCAAAACCUGUCUUCCAAAGGCAUGACUUUGGUGUCUCUUGAGGGUUAUGGUGCUCUUUUAUCGUUUGGUUAGACUUUGAUCUCCAAACUAUAACUGCUGUUUAGGAAAUAUAACACUAUAACGUGUAUAUAUAGUCUUAUAUUUUAAAUAUAACUUGAAUAUGAAUUUCUAAAGAUGCUAUGUUCUUUCUGAGAACCAAUGCAUUGUAUAUUAAGAUACUCUGGAAGAUGGAUUUCCUUUUAAAAUUCUUACUAUGAAUACGAAAGCUUAUUUAAAUGAACACUUUGAAUAUUUCAUUUCAUUUAGGAGUACCCUUUUAGUCGUUUUAUUGGCAAGGCUAACCGUCGACAUAAAUGUAGCUUGGCAUGCUUUAAAGUGUAAUUGUUUUUAUACAAAAAUCUAAUUGCAUAUGGAGAUUAGCAUUCAAAAAUUACUAGUUAAUGAAUAAGCAAAUCUGGUUUGCAUUAUGUAUUGAAAAGCAUUCUUUGCACUGCCUGGCCAGCUGUUAUUAUAUUGCAUAAUUUAUUGUUAUUGCAUUCAUUUACUAUUGUUAUGUUGCAUAAACCAUUAUGAAAUUGCAUUCUCAAGUUGAAUGUGAUGCAUUUAAAAGUGUAAAAUGUAUGCUAGGACUUAUUUUUAUCCAUUGGGAAUUGAUUGAAUCAGAAAAAAGCAUGCAUUCCUUCGCAGAACAGACCAGACAUGAAUGCGAAGGCUUGAAAUUUAAGUGACCUUGGUGAAUUUAGCCGAAAAGGACAGUUGUUUCAGUUUAGAAGACCUUUUUAGUUUUCUAACAUGCACUAAUAAAUCCUGCUCAGCAAGACCAGGAAUGAAGAAAGUAAAUGAUGCCUUUAAUAUAUCUUUGUUGUCCUGAGGAACACUUGAUUCACAUUGCAGGGGUUUUGGAUGUUCUGUUUGAAAGCUCUACUCUUUCAAUCAUGAACUAUUAAAUUAUAUAUUUAAUGCUUCCAUUGUUUGUUAUGUUGACUAUUGACUUGGUAUAAUGGCACAAUAUGCCUAGUCUAACAAUCAUAUCACAUAUAAGUGAUAACAUGAUUUAUGUUCCAUUAUAAGGUCCAGGGUUUGAAUAAUGCUCAUCAAAAUGAAGCAGGAACGCUGAAAUCUGUCAAGCACACAUCCAGGUCAUUAUUUCACCCCAAAAUCAAAAAGAAAAAUGGCAGAAUUGUUUUGGUUAAAGAAAAUGAAGCCUGUUUUAUUAUCUUUUGCAUGUGAUAUUAUUUCAUGGCAA